GAGAAAAAAGAGUUAGAUUAAAGAAAGAAAGUAAUUCCUAAGGAAAAAGAUUUUUAUGGUCAAGAAAAUAAAAAUAUGGAGGGAACAAAAAGCUCCGAUCAGACAUUUCCGGCCGCUGAUGUAGACAAAGAACUAAAUCUUGGCCAGAAUAAGAACUUUGAGGUCGAUCCGGUAUCGUCCCAAGUCGCUGCCUCUAUUGAGACUAAGGAACAAGCUGAAGCCGCAAAAACUCAGAAAGAAAGGGAGAAGAAGGAUGCUCUGCAAACACUCAAAUCCACCAUAAUUAUUUCCGGGAUCGUUGUGGCUGUGGCUGGGGCUAUUUUUGUCAUUACAAAGAAAUUAAAAGAGAAAUGAAGCUUACAUUUUACAUGGGAUAUCAAUAAUCCCAACAUUAUUUCUUAAUUUCCACUUCUCUUCUCUAUUUUUAUUUUUUGUUUUGAUUGUUUUUUCUCUCUUGGUAAUUGGCAUGUCCAUAUAGGAGAGGCAUUCUAACUUCCCAAUUAAUUGUUUCUGUGGAAGUAUCAAAGCAUGAAACUAAUGCUAUUUUUCUUUGUUAGAUGUAUUCACCAAGUUUAUACACUAAGAUCAUAC